AUGUUGUCAUAUGCUGGUAGAUUCCUUUUAGUGAAGAGUGUCUUAUUUUCUAUUGCUAACUACUGGCUUCAGAUAUUUCCUCUUCCUAAAAAAGUUCUUCACCAUGUUGAGAGUUUAUGUAGGAGCUUCUUAUGGACUGGUAAAGAUACCGUGAGUAGCAAGGCGCCUAUCUCUUGGGAUCACUUAUGUGAUCCUAUAGCUGCAGGAGGUCUAAACCUUAUUGAUUUAGGGGUGUGUAAUCGUGCUUCCUUGGGAAAAAUGCUAUGGAAUCUUCAUACCAAGAAGGAUAGAAUGUGGAUCAGUUGGGUAAAUCAUUAUUAUAUGAAGUGUGGAGCUGAUGUUGCAAGUUACUGCCCUAAGCAGAGUGAUUCAUGGAUCAUUAAAGCCAUGUUUAAACAUAGGGACAUGUUUAUGAAUUCUAUGGCUUGGAGUGAGUUUGUUAAAACAGGUACUUAUCAAACUAGGCAGUUAUACCUAGAGAUAAGAGGAGAUCGUGGCCUGGUUCCUUGGAAGAAUUUGAUUAGAGGGAACAUGGCUAGUCCUAAGGCUUUUUUUUAUUUUGUGGAUGACAUGCCAAAGGAUACAAGCUCUUUCUGGCAGCAGGUCUUGACUUGGAGCCAUGAAACACAUACUCCUCAAGCUUGGAAAGAUGAAAUACAAUGGUUAACUAUUCAUGCUAAGGGGAAAAGUAAUAGAGCUAAGCUCCUUCGAAUCUGCGUGGCUGAAGUUAUUUACCAUGUAUGGAUUGUGAGAAACAGUAGAGUUUUUAAUCCUACAAAAAUAGAGCAACUCAAUCUGCAAUGGGUUUUGGACCGGAUCAAGUAUCAAGCGAAGAUUGAUAAAAAACUAGGAGCUUAUGUUGAUAACUUGUAG